GCACGGCCCUCUCUGCAGGACUGCAAAACAAUGUUGCCAAAAGACAGUUUCUGCUGGAGAGACUCCUGGAUGCAGUUAAACAGUGCCAGAUCAGAUUUGGAGGAAGGAAAGAGAUUGCUUCUGAUUCGGAUAGCAGAGUUACGUGCCUCUGUGCUCAGUUUGAAUCUGUACUCCAGCAUGGUUUGAAGAGGACCCGGGGACUGGCCUUGACAGCGGCAGCCCUCCGACAGGCAGCCGGCUUUUCCAGUAAAAGCGAAAUGGAGCCCGUGUUCUGGUUCUAUGUGAAAGAGGUUCUCAAUAAACAUGAGCUGCAGCGUUUCUACUCCCUGAGGAAUAUCAUGACUGACGUUGGCAGAGGCCGUGCCUGGCUGCGCUGUGCUCUCAACGAGCAUUCCUUGGAGAGAUAUUUCCAUAUGUUACUGGCGGAUAAGAAUCGGCUUAGUGUCUUCUAUGAAGACUGGUCCUUCAUGAUGGAUGAAGAGCGCUCCAGUAUGAUUCCCACCAUGGCAGCUGGGCUGAACUCCAUUCUUUUUGCAAUCAACAUUGAUAACAAGGAUUUAAAUGGGCAAAGCAAGUGUCCACCCACUGUCUCUGACCUUCUCAAGGAAUCUACCCAGAACGUAACCUCCUUACUGAAGGAAUCCACCCAGGGUGUUAGCAGCUUGUUCCGGGAGAUCACGGCAUCCUCCCCAGUUUCCAUGUUAAUCAAGUCUGAUCAAGAGGCGGAUCCGUUGCCCAUUUUGUCCAAGAGCGUUAGUGGUGAUUUAAAGUGCAGGAAAGAAAGGAUGAAGAAGAAGAAGAAAGUCACAAAUAUUAUUUCAUUUGAUGACGAGGAGGAUGAACAGCAUGUGGGGGAUGAUCUCAGGGCAAGCGUUGCAGGUGAAAGCUCAGAAGAAAACUCGGACAGGUCAUUGUCUUCCUUAGUACCUCCUUCCGUGGGCUUGCUUGCUAAACUGAAUGGGGAGCAGAGCAUGCCUUUGCUGAAGAACAGUUCCACUUACCUAAAUGGAGACUGCAGCUUCCAGAAACUGGAUGUUAAAAGUAUAGAUGACGACGAUGACGACGACGCGGACGAAAACGAUGGCACUUAUGGCAAAAUGCUAGGAAACCUCAGCAUGGUGGAAGACAAGGAAUCUUGUAGAAAAUCAUCCGAGGAAGUGACAAGUAAUUCACUGGUUUGCGCUUGGAGCCCUCUGCAAACGUUGAACGAUGAUUCUGAUGAGUUAUUCCCUGUCAGUGCUGUAGGCUCUUUCUCCCACACUGGCAAUCUGAAGAAUGGCAAUGAGCAUGAAAGCGCGGAUUUUCCAACAGAACUGGCUCAAAGAACUGCUGAGCCGCACCACAGCAGGGUAGAAGGUAACCCACCUGUCCCAGGGAGUGCACUGAAUGACCUCCUGCCAUCAGCCAAUGUGCCGGAAUCCAUGACAGUGGCUGAACUUCGGCAAGCUAUUGUGGCCAUGAUGAACAGGAAGCAUGAACUGGAAGAGCAGAACGGCUCGCUGCGGAACCUCCUCGAUGGAGAGAUGGAGCAUUCUGCGGGCCUACGUCAAGAAAUCGACAACCUGAAGAAGAAGGUUUCAGAGCAGGAAGAACGUUACACAGUGAAGAUCCAGGCCCUGGCGAGAGAAAACGAGGUGCUAAAAGUACAGCUCAAGAAAUACGUUGGUGCAGUCCAGAUGCUGAAAAGGGAAGGUCAGGCUGUGGAAGUUCUUCCCACUCUUUGGAACUCAGAGAACGAGUUCACUAUUCCUGAGCAAAAACAAGGAGAAAAUAAUGAAGAACUAGCAAACUCUUACGAACGAAAACUAAUUGAGGUGGCAGAAAUGCAUGGGGAGCUGAUCGAGUUCAACGAAAGGCUGCACCGUGCUCUGAUGGCUAAAGACGCUCUCGUGACUCAGAUGAGGCAGGAGCUCAUUGACCUGAGAGGACCGGUUCCUGGAGAUCUGAGCCAAACAUCUGAAGACCAGAGCCUGUCAGAUUUUGAAAUAUCGAAUCGCGCUCUCAUUAACGUCUGGAUCCCCUCAGUCUUCCUUCGUGGAAAAGCAGCUAAUGCAUUUCACGUUUAUCAAGUAUACAUCAGAAUAAAAGAUGAUGAAUGGAAUGUCUAUCGAAGAUAUGCAGAAUUCAGAACCCUGCACCACAAAUUACAGAUGAAAUACCACCAAGUGAGGAGUUUUAACUUCCCACCGAAAAAGGCCAUUGGGAACAAGGAUGCAAAGUUUGUUGAGGAGCGACGGAAGCAGUUACAGAUUUACUUAAGAAAUGUGAUGAACAAAGUAAUCCAGAUACUGCCAGAAUUCACUGCCAACCCGAAAAAAGAGACCCUUACCCAAUUGAUGCCCUUUGUCAUAGACUUUCAACCUGUGGGAGAAUCUGCCGGCAAAAGCAAUCGCCCACGAGGGACGGCCCGAUUCCCGAAGCUUUCUCGGAGUCAGCAAAGGGAGGCACGGAACCUGGAACCACAGAGCGGUGAUCUUUGACCUUUUGAAUCAUUACGACCACUAGCACCAUGUACUUUCAGCUGCCUUUCAAUUUUGUUCUGUCCUGUGCAAUUGAAGACAUAGGCCAGUGGGAGGAAAACACAGAAACACAAGCAAGCCCAACCAUGUUGCGUCAGAAGCAGAAGGCGUCUUUAUUUUGAUUAAUCAGGUUGCUUUUGAAGUAGCAGCCAUUCCCCAAAAUAAUCAGAGGCCUUGUGACCUAGGGUUUUUCGCGAACUAGGAAAAGAGCUUGUAUUGUUGUUGGUUUGAGAAACAGCUACGCUCUACCCUCUCAAUCAUAUUCUAGGCCUUCUAUGGUUUUGAUGCAAUUCCCUCUGUAUUCUGAAUUCUUACUCCUUCCUGACAAUAAUGGGAUGGGCAGAAUGUUUUUUUCCACCACCAAUUUCAGUAGGAUGGUUUGCCUUCUAUUUAUUGUAACCCACCCUCACACUGAGCAACGGAGGGCACGAUGCCGUGGGUGCCAAAGCAGAAAAAGGUCCCGCAACGGUUGUAGGACUCUUUUUCCCAGUCUAGAUAUGCACCAGGUUGCACCCAGUGUUCCUUUUCACUACCAAAAACGGACAGACGGGAUGUGUGUUUCUGCUCAGAUCUUCCAAGAUCGCUUCUCAAGAGGAGAGCAAAUCCAAGUGCUGUGGAUUCCCAGGCAAAAGGUUGUGCUUUGGGCUGAACUAAGGUUUGCAGCUCCAUGCUUCUUUUGCUCUCGGCAAUAUUUGAACUCGAAGGAAACCAUCCGGUGUGGGCGGGCGCAUUUGCGAAGCAUCAGAUUGCCUUCCAGCUGGGUGCCUGCACUUGGCGGCACGUGUGGGGAUGCAUGCGCAGCACCCAGAGGAGCGAUUGCUGGGGGCCAGUCGCUCUGGGGCUCUCUCUGAAGACUCACAAAGUGACAAAGCCAUGGCCUGCCUCAUGGAAGGGCCCCAUUCACUCAUGCCCCGUCACCUAAGCAUUUCCUGGCAAGGACGCAGCAAAGUCAGCCAGAAAGAUACCUGGGAGAGGUGAUGGUUAACGUCCAGUGGGAAUUCCAGUAUGGGCUCCCUGGAAUGCACUUCCUCGGGCCCAUCCCUUGCACUGCCAUAGGUGACCAAGGGACCCCUAAGCUCAGAGUGCCUUCCUGAUGAUACAGACUACAGCUUUCAUCAUCCCCAGCCAGCAUAGGCAGUUGGCAUUCUGGAUGUUGUAGUCCCAGGCCUCUGGAGGACACUACAUGCUUAGCUGUGCUCUUCCUUUCUUUUAUAAGUUUAACUUGACUCGCUGGUGCAUUUUAUCGAGAACAAAUCAGGCCACUCAGUUUUGGCAGGGCAGCUUUUGUCUCCUACGGCUGUUGUAAACUUGUGCUCGUUGUCCUGCUGUCUCAUUCUCAACUUCGCUCUCUCUCCUGCAAAGGUAAAGCUCCUUUCCCAGAGCUGUUUUUCUACCCAGGCUUCUUUGCAUUUCCCUCCCUCUCCAAGUGGCAGCAGUAUUAUUAAAACUUCCCAGCAUGCAGAAACGUGGCUUCACGGGGCAGGGAUGACGUGGAGCAGCUCUCCCUCUGUGGCACUAAUCCUUCUGGCCCGGAUGGGAAUCCUCGUUUGCUGGUCGGCGGGAGCAGCCCCGGCGGGCCUCAGAGACGGUGGAACGUACCACGUGCAGGUCACACAAGUCCCCAGUUUUCGAUAGCCGUUUCAGACACGAGAAUGGGAUGGACCACACGCUUUGGGCCAUUAGUGUUGAGCUGUGCCGCACAAUAAGAUGUGACAUAUAUGCGUUUAUUUGGAAGGGAGUGUGUGUGUGUGAGUGAAGAGGGAAGGGGCUUAGAUUCUAAGUUGACAGGCAGGGCUGUAUCUCUUCAGCCAAAGUUUGUGGGCUGGACUUUUGCUUGGCAAAAUCCUUUCUUAAGGGAACUCUGACCUCAGUGAUUAAAAUUGCGGCCUCACACCAUAAGCACACACCUUGCCAUGGUGCCGGCUCUGAAUCCAGUAUCUCACAAACCAAAACAAUGGUAUGGGUCCCCUCUCCUUCCCAGCACAUGUUUCCAUGCUGCGAACUGGGGAGAGGGGUGCCCAGCAGAACCUUGAAAAUAAAUUUCUCGAUGCUAACAAAAGCCUUUCACAGAGGAAGCACACAGUGAACAGAAAAAGUAUUGCCUUCUGUGAAAUGAAAUCUUAACAUGCUACAGUUAUCAAGUUCCUUUUUUUUUCCUUUCAGAAUUGAAAUUGACCUGGGACCUUGGUCCCAGUCUACAUAUGUGCAAGGAAUCCAGUUUGUGUGGAAAAUUCAGUGGAUUCCCCGGUUUCAGAGCCCAAGUGCCUGGCCAGUGUGCCCAGGGAACCCACCAGGAACCGAACCACCCUUCCCAGCGGCUGCAAGUGAGGAAGGAGUUUGGCUGCCAGAAAUGGCGGCCAGCACACCCACGCGCAGCUUCCCUAGUUUGCAUUCUACAGGCUGCUUUCGGUGGGGAAGCUUGUUGAUUGCACGGCUGGGGAUCCACAAGUGUCUCUGGACUUCCUCUUGUCUCGGACUGGGCUGAGCACAAGAGGAAGUCCGCCGAUUCUGGAGUGGUGGAUCCCAAAAGGGUUCGUCUCAACCCUAAUCUAGUUGGCGUCUUAGACGUAACUACUGCAUCCUUGGCAAAUGACUGUCCAGCCUCUGCUUCAAGGCUGCAGUGAAGGAGAAUCCCACCACCUCCUUUAGCCUAAGUUUUACUCAAAACUUCCUUCCAGUUUGUCAACAUGCUGAAAUGUACCACCCAGAACUGCAUACUGUAGUCCCUGGAACGUUACAUUCUGUGUAGGAAAGAAUGACUAGGCAUUAUAUAUACAAUAUUUGGACUGAAUAGACACGAUCUGCUAUCUGCAGGAAGUUGCACCUAUUCUGCCAAACAGAGCCAAGGUCCCUGUUUGCAUAUUUCCCAGAAUCAUUGUGUUGGCCACUGGAAAAUAAAAUGCAAAACCAGAUGCAACUUUGGUCCAACCCAGUAAGGCUCCAAUUAUGUUUAAAUGUUGAAAGAACAAACACAUCAAGCAUCUAGGACUUCCAGAAACAGUGUCUUAGAGCGUAACCAGCCAAGCCUUCUUCCCCACUGGCCAGAGAAUUCAUUCUGGGAAAUCGCCAUUACUGUUCUCUUGAAAGCCAUGCCUGAAGUGUAAUGCAAAUGUUUCCAAAUUCUAAGGGAACUUGAAGAUCAGUGAUGGCCGUGGAGAUCAUCAAAGCUAGUUACUGCGCAUUAUGGUCAAUGAACAAAGACAUGCUAAUGGAUCUUGUCUGGCAUGUAGAAGAAGGUUCUUACAUUCUUACCAGCAGCCGGCUUCUCUAGUCUCUCUUCCUUUCAUGGAAUCAUCUCAGACUCUAAAGACUGCAGGGCACCUUCUUGAAAUCUGGCCAGAUGCUGCUGCUUAUGAUCAUCCCCCAUUUGUCGGAGGUUCUGGUGUGGGGCAGUCUUGGAUUUCUGGAACAUGCCUCCUCUGUAUCCAGGCUGGGCUCUCUGCAGGAAAUGAUGCGGGGGAAGCCAAUUUGGCUCUGCAGUAAAUGAGGUUCCACGGAGCUCAUCUUCAUGCCCUUGCCCAUAAGUGUGGAAUCUUGUGCACACUUCCUUGGGAGUAAGCCCAGUUAGAAACAUAGAGCAAGUCAGAAGGAGACUCCCGGGCCAUCUAGUCUGACCCCUGGCUCCAUUCAUGACGUGUUGUUCACUGUAGGAUUUGUCUUCUACACAAGCAUAUGAUCAAACCUCCCACUAGUUGAAAAGCCAAAGACCUGCUCUCUGUGUUCCCUUUUAAUAACAACAUUUUGAAGAUAGAGCAAUAACUGUUUUUAAAAAAGCAACAUAGCAAAUUCUUCUUUAAAAAAAAAAUGCACGAGUGUAUAAGCAAGGGGUCAGGUAUAUCAGAAGCAGAGGCCAAAACCGAGUUGCCUGCAAUGGGCCCUAUUUCUCAUCACCUUUGGAACGGGUGUAUUUCUGCAGCCCUGCACAUUAAGAGCUAUCAGGUUGCACUACAUAUUGACUUAAUGCUAUUCUUAAGCCAAACUUCCAACAUCUAAAUUUAUCCAAGACCACACCAUGAAAUAUACAGAAGGCUUAAUGCAAAAUAUGCCCAUAACGUCCAAUCUUGUUAAAAAGGGAGGAGUAAUAAUUCCUAAGUCUCUCCCUGUUUGCAUGGCAUAUUGCCGGAAGGACUGCACUAAACAAAUUGCCUCCAUUUCAGAAAGAGACCGUUGGCCAUAAAACACGGUGACGGUGUUUAAUGAGCGGUAAGCCAUUGACGGAUAAGACACAACGGCAGUAAAUCUGAGAUUUGGCUCACGGUGGAAACCCGUAUGCAAAGGUUCAAUUUGCUGUCAUGAAACGAAUGCUUCAUUGUAUCGGAAAAGAUGUUUAGUUGUUAGCUGUCAAACGAAAUGAAUAGGAACGUAUUAAGGACUAGCCUUGACUGGCUCAAUGCAGCGGUAAUAAAUGGGGACUUGGAAUCGGCAGAGGCUGAGCUGGUAAUGAGAAGUUCCUUGUCUCAUCAUAUUAAUGAUGUCAGAAGUGAAAGCCACUUGAAAGCAUUUCAGGUGUGAACACACAGGGAGAGCAGAUCCUGAAAUUCUGAAAAUCAGCAUUUUAAGAGGAGUAGAGUAUAUGUCUGAACACAGGGAGAGCUUCCUUGCAUGCUCUGAAUAUCUUAGUUUCUCUAAAAGACAGGUUUCUUCUGAAUUUCUGACAUGGUUUCAGAGCCUGGAGGAAUGUGGCAGUCUGAGUUUAACCAUCUUAAUCCACUAAGAGUUCCGUUAUUUCCUUCCUGAUCCACUGUGAUACCUUUGAGUCUGGUUUGGAAGCCUUUGCUGAACCCACAUUUCUGGUUGAAUGGUCUUGAGAACCAAAUCAUCCCUGCGCUCAGUAGUGUGUGUGUGUGUGUGUGUGUGUGUGUGUGUGGAGAGGGGGUUGCUUUUUGUAAAUGAACUUGCAACUGUUUGGCUGGUUGUAAAUGUUUCAACUAAGGCAUAACAUUUCAACGGCCCAUAUAACACUGUCAGAAUUUUAAUGCUUUCUUUUAUAGCAGAAACAACAGAGUCUUGUAGGACCUUCCAGAAUGAGCAAUUUAUUUUGGCCUAAAUUUUCCUGCCUGCUAGGUUUGUGGAAUCUUUUAUUUUUCUUUUACCUUUUUUUUAAAGCCGUGUCAGCUCCGAUUUUUUGAGCACCCUUGCUCCAGGCACUGUUGUCAGUGCAUUUCCUCGUGGGGUGAAGGUGAUGCCAGGGACGGCACGGGGACUCAGCAGCCUUCUGCACCCAGUGAGCUCAUCCAGAGCUGACCUGCAUAUGCAAGUACCGGCCUAGCUCUGUGUUGAUUCAGAUCCGAGACAGGGAAAUGGGGAGAACCCACCUGGCUGUCCUCAACAAAUCCUUCCCGCUUUCCUGCAGAUCAGCCAGAAAUUUUCCAGCAGAUCCUGGUCUUCUUCUGCCCACCAUUGACACAGUCCACUUUGUCAGGUGUAUAAACCCUGAUUCUCAGGUGGCCAGGAGAGACAAGAUGGAGAGAGAGGGAAAGCUUGCAGGCAGAAGCAUUAAAUGGCACGGAACUGCAUGACGCAUGGUCUGUGGCCAUCUCAAGGAGUGGCUGUUCUCAAGGAGCAGGCAUUGGUGCUAAGAGGAUUGUUCUGGCAUUCCCAGCAAUCCAGUGAAGGGGACUCGGAACACAAGUAGCUGUGCUAGUUGUUAAGAUGCCACAAGGGUGUCUCACUACAGCAGGCUUGCUUGGGGUUCUCUCUAGCUUAGUCUAAGUUAAGCUCUGUUCAUCUGGAAAGGCCUGCUCUUUACGGCUGCCAUUAAAUACAGGCCAUCCCUAUCCUGUCUCAUCUUGCGCUGCACUGGAAGGGACGCCCCUGUGGGUUCCGCUCGUGCGAUGUUUCAGUGAGCUCCAUGGCUGAAUGGGAACCAGAUCCCAAUCCCUGCAAGUCUCAGUUUAACACUAACCACUACACAACAUCUUACUGAUAUGCACAACUCUGGCUAUAUUGCUUUUUAUCUCUCAUUCAUUUUGGCUGCUUUUGAGCAGAGGGGACCAUUUAGCAGAGCCUUCCAAACCUUGGUGCCUUUCAAACAUGGCCAUGCCUGCUGGGUGAUGGGAGUCGUAGUCCCACACACCUAGAAAGCAUCAGGUUGAAGAAGGCUGCUUUGCAACUUUAUUCGGGCAUAGCUGAUACAGUGCCAAAGAGAGGAUGACUCAUGGGCGCUGUUUUUCUUUCCACUGAUUCCAUUUCUCCUUGCCCAGGAGGUGUGCAAAGAUGUUUGUAUAUGUUGAGCAAUGCUCAUGGUGCCGCUGCCACUGCUGCUUCUUUAGAACUGCACGGGGUUUUUUCCUAGCUGGCCAGGAGAAAGCCCUGUUGGCCUUUGCAAUGUGCCCUUCCCACUUCAAGGGACAGGUGUCACCGUGCCAGAAGGGCAGGUCUGCAGGGGGCAUCAGCCCCCAUAGGACAGUCCCAUCCUGUUCCGGUCCUGGGGAGCAGCCCGUGAGGCACAGGGCAGGCCUGGUUGCGCAGCAGCAAGGAGGGUGCCCCGAGCACGCGUCUCUGAGCACACUGGGGCCUCCAUCACGCCUCGGAUGCCUUGAGCUCCCUCUUGGGGCGCUGGCGCUGGUGCACUGCUCCCUGGUGCAUGGAACUCCUCUUGAGGAGCGUGCGGGUCCCAGGCUCUGGUGCGCUGGAGGGCUGCUGCCCAGGGGUCCCGGGCAUUGCCCUCCAGCGAUCAGCGGUGACACUGACGCCCAGAGCCUGCUGCCCCAGCAUCUCUGCCCCUCUCCUUCCUCCUCCAUCCCUGCACUGAUCUCUGGAGUUCUUCUGCACCUGGUCCGCAGCCACGGAUGAACCCAUCUGUGUGUUCCGAUUAAUAAGGGCUAAGUGGAAUUGCUAAGUCUGCAGUUUGUUUCCCAGAAGCUGCGGGAAAUAUAUUGCAACAUUUCUGUAGUCAUAUGGCCUUUUUUUUUAUUGCUCUGUCCUGCUCUUAAUAAUUGACUGGAACGUUCUUCCUACUGCUAUGAAAAGAGAAAUCUUAUCUCUAUUUGCAUAAAGUUGCUUUUUCCCUGCAUGUCUCAGUCUGUGUAUAAUCAAUUCUUCUGUGCAUUGCACUGCCAGGAUAGAUGUAUCAGUCAUUCGGUAAUAAUUUGCUGACAUUCAUUUUUCUCCAGUGAAUAUUGAAUAACUGAAAAUGGGAAAUUCAGAUAGCUCUGAAUGUAAUUAAAUGACUGAAAACUCCUAAGGUGCAACUUAUCUACUCCUUUGUAAUAUCCUCAAUACGGGAAGUAACUGGUACUUUUAUACCUAGGACCAGGCCAGGAGAGAAGGUUUCUUUGUUUGUUUGAAGCUUUAAGCAUAAGAAAUAUAGUAUUAAUUCUCAGAUAACAUAUGUAUAUACUGUAGUGGGAUCUGCAUCUAUAAACAAAGUGUUAUUUUAACCCAUGUUCUGUUAUAUAAUUUUAAAUUUUAUGUAUAUAUAAUUUUCUAAGAUACUUCCUUGUAUUAAUAUUUCUUUUGAGAAAAAUAUUCUUUGACAAUUUUGUUAUAAUCUGGCCAAACAAACAAAAAUAUGCUGGUUUGCAAUUGCGAGAAUAAAUGCCAUUUUUAUGUUUAAGA